AUGAAAUUGCUUUUGUUUUUUUUAUUUGAGUACUUAGAUUUUGCUCCUUUACCAGCUGCUGAUGCUAAUGCAAAAUUUUCUUAAAAGAUCUUUAUAUUUUAAGAGAAGCAUCUAUUAUUCGGGGAAAUUACAAAGAUUUAUAAACAAGUCUUCUUUUUUGCUUAUAGCUUCAUAAUUUAAUGGAGCACUACUGUCUUCAGCAAGAAAAACGAUUUUUUGGACACCAGGUAUUGAAAAUAGCCCUUUAAGAAAUUUACUGUAUUACUACCCUCC